AUGCCUGAUAGAAGUUCCAUCUCCAUCACAAACAACCUUGACAUAGCUCUUCGGCACCUCAGAUAUACAGCUGAGGAUCGACAGCUCUGGGUUGAUUCCCUUUGUAUCAAUCAAAAGGAUGAGGAGGAAAAGUCCUCCCAGAUCCCUCUCAUGGGCAGCAUUUAUCGACUUGCGAAUCGCGUUCUGGCCUGGUUGGGCCCAGAGGAGAACGAGAGCCGUCAUGCCCUCGAGACCAUAGCUCACGUUGGCCGCCAAGUCGAAAUUAAUUGGAGCACGACGAGCAUAAGGCCAGCCCGUGGCACUUCCGAACUAGGUUGGGCGGACCUCGCCAUGAAAGCACCGUUCAAUGACCAGGAACUGCACAGCAUAUGUUCCCUCUUUGAGCGGCAAUGGUUUGAGCGCAUCUGGGUUCGUCAAGAAAUUACCCUUUCCACUGUAGCCGUAGUGAAAUGCGGCAGCACGGAGGUUGAUUGGAAUCUAUUCAGAAAAGGGGCAUACAUCAUGUUUCGCCAGCCUAGCGACAUUUGGCAUAUUCGGGAACGCAAGAUCGCAUCCGUCAAAUCUCUACGACUGGUUGAGUCACUUUGCAGGACGCGGCCGGGUUUUCUUGGUUAUCGUGACCUCAGAACGGACAUUCGCGGCACCAAAAGUAAAGAUCCGCGGGACAUGAUUUACGGAGUAUCCAGUUUGCUAUGCAGGCCCGAUCAAGGUCUAGGGAUUCAAGCGGAUUAUUCCAAAUCUGUUUCUGAGGUCUACACGGACGUAGUCCAAAAGAUUAUCAUCCAGCGUCGUUCAUUGAAAAUUCUUGACACCUGUGAACUUUGCUCCAAAGUCUUGGAUAUACCCAGUUGGGUUCCAGACUGGUCGAGUUCUUUGAAACAACUAAACAUGCCCUGGGGAACGUGGAGCGCUUGCGGGUGGAUAUCGGCAAAGGUCAAUUUUCCACAGGAUACGUUUCAUGGGAAAAGAGUCCUCCGUGUUGCCGGCAUCCGGGCAUCAAGGAUAGCCAACGUUCGCUGUGCACAGACUGGCAACUACGAUACAGAGGUAUCUCACAAUCGGAUGAUCAAACUAAUAAGGCACUUCAAGCCAUCGGGGGACCUCGAUGCUCCUUACAAGAGUGGGGGAACAAUUAUUGAGGCUCACGCUCGCGUUUUCGUUGGCUUGGCAUUUGCCCACGAUUUUGACCCGCCUGACAGAUAUUGGCCUGAGUUUGAUCGAACCGUACAAGAUGUUCGCAAUAUAUGGAUGACCAAUGGAGAUUAUGAUGAGCUGAGAAAGGUGUCCAUGCAUCCAUCUGAAGCAUUCUUCAGGACAUUCACUUUGAAUAUUGUGGGGCGCUGUGUUUUUUCGACUGUCGACGGGCUCAUUGGACUUGCGCCACUAGGUACUAUCUCAAAUGACCUUGUUUGUGUAAUAUUUGGUGGAAGGCACCCAGUCAUCCUACGAGAAUAUGCCACAAGCUCCGCAUCAGACUCAAUGUACCAGGUUGUAGGCGUUUGUUACGUGCCGGGCUUGAUGAUGGGCGAGAUUAUCCACGGAUCCUUCCCCAGCUUUUGCAGGCCGAUAAAUAUGUUUGGUCACUCUCUUAGCACUCCUGCCAUUGAAAAUACACAUGUUGCGUUGUUGGACACUCGAAGAAACGAGUUGAAGACUGAUCCGUCUGCGAUUCUGAUGGAAAUGGGAAUUCGUUGCGAAAGGUAUCAAAGACAUCCACAUAUAUUAGAAGUCACCCAAGAGGCACUUCACGAAGCCAAUAUCGCCAUAGAAGACUUCAACCUAUUUUAG